GUUUGUCAUGUGAUUAUACCAAGAAGAUACUCCCCGAAGGAAAUACACGGGAUUACUUCCAGAAGAAAAUAUCACAAAGAUUUAGAUGUAGUAGUCUUUCAGAUCUAUAUGGAAACAAGUUCUCAGAAUAUAGAUGUGAUAGUGCAGAAUAUAAAAUAUAUGAUUAUGUAAAUGACCAAUUUGAAAAGCACAUCUUUUUCAUUUCUGAAAAUUAUCAAGAAGCCCUAACUUCCCCUGAAAGAAGUCAGUCUGGUUCACUCUCAUUUUCACAACUGAAGGAAUCUCUAGGAAAAAAUUCACAAGAUUUGAAACAGAAUUGUAUUUUACACAGAAAUACACAAACAUUAAAAAGUAACAUUUGGGUGAAUAAAUUGUGUUUCCUGAUGUAUAUAUUACAGAAUAUGAGAUUAAAAAGUGCUUCAGUGCUCUAUGAACAAAUGAGAUUGUGGAGCACAGAAAAAGGCACUGAAUGUUAUCAAGGUGAAGGAUAUAUCUCUCAAAAUUUAUGGCAGUUCCCACAACAAAACCUACUCAGUGACAAGUUCUAUGAUGUAGAUCAACAUGAGAAAGAAUCUAUGAAUGCAAUGAAUCAUGCUUAUUACCUAAGCAAUCAAUACAGAGAGAUAUUAUAUCAAGGUAAUGCCUUAUUACAAGAUUCUAUUUGUAAAACAAAUCCAAGUGAAAAUCAGAUAAGCAACUUUAUUCUAGAAUAUUAUUACAGCAAGCAAAGUAAAAUGGCCUUCUCUAAUCAGUGCUCACAGUCUUCUUUUCAACAGCAUACCACAGAGAAACUUUGUAUUAAUGAAAACAAGAAUGCCAUUUUAAGUGUAUCUUCAAUUCAUAGCUGGUAUACUGGAUCAUGGAUUAAUGGAGAGUCUAAGAGAUACCUCUAUGAUACAGACAAGAAUGUCUCAAAUGAAUCAUUAAACUUGGAGAGAGCACAGAAAGCAAAUAAAUGUAAUAAGUAUGGGAAAUCUUUUAUCCAGUCCUCAGAUCUUCAAGCUUAUUGUAGAACUCCAAACCAAGGGACACCCUACAAAUGUAAUGAAUGUGGAAAAUUCUUUACUUGUUCCUCAAGUCUUAAAAUUUGCCAUGAAAACUGUAUAGGAGCAAGAGAUCAUAAAUCUAAUAAAUGCGGAAAAUCAUUUAUACAGUCCUCAAAACUUCAAGUUAACUACAGAAUCCACACAGGAGAGAAUCCUUAUAAAUGUAACAAAUGUGGGAAAUAUUUUACACAAUCCUCAAAACUUCUAGUUCACUACAGAGUCCACACAGGUGAGAAACCUUACAAAUGUAAUGAAUGUGGUAAAUCUUUUAUCCAGAACUCAGAGCUUAAAGCUCACUACAGAGUCCAUACAAAAGAGAAACCUUACAAAUGUAAUACCUGUGGGAAAUCUUUUACACAGAACUCAAAACUUCAAGUUCAGUACAGAAUCCACACAGGAGAGGACCCUUACAAAUGUAAUGAAUGUGGGAAAUCUUUUACACAGAAGACAAAUCUUCAAGUUCACUAUACAACCCACACAGGAGAGAAACCUUACAAAUGUAAUGAGUGUUGGAAAUCUUUUACACAGACCUCACAUCUUCAAGUUCACUACAGAAUCCAUACAGGAGAGAAGCCUUACAAAUGUAAUGAAUGUGACAAAUCUUUUACACAGAAAUCAUACCUUAAAGUUCACUACAGAAUCCACACAGGAGAGAAACCUUACAAAUGUAAUGAAUGUGGCAAAUCUUUUACACAUAAGUCAAAUCUUCAAGUUCACUAUAAAAUCCACACAGGAGAGAAACCUUACAAAUGUAAUGAGUGUGGGAAAUCUUUUACAAGGAACAGAGACUUUAAAGUUCACUAUAGAAUCCAUACAAGAGAGAAACCUUACAAAUGUAAUGAGUGUGGGAAAUCUUUUUCACAGAACUCAAACCUUCAAGCUCACUACAGAAUCCACACAGCAGAGAAACCUUACAAAUGUAAUGAGUGUGGGAAAUCUUUUGCACAGAACUCAAACCUUCAAGUUCACCACAGAAUCCACACAGGAGAGAAACCUUACAAAUGUAAUGAAUGUGGCAAAUGCUUUACACAAUCCUACAAACGUCAAGUUCACUACAAAAUCCAUACAUGAUAGAAGCCUUACAAAUGUAAUGAUUGCUGCAAAUCUUUUACGAAGAACUCAGAGCUUAAAAUUCACCAAAGAAUCUGUACAGGGGACAAGCCUUAUAAAUAUAAUGAAUUCUGCAAAUCCUUUACACAACACUCAGAUCAUAAAGCUCACCACAGAAUUCAUACUAGAGAGAAAUCUCACAAAUGAAAUGAAGGUGGCUAAUCAUUCACUAACUCUCCAAGUCUUCAUUUUCACUACAGAAUCUAUACAAGAGAUAAACCUUACGAAUGUGGAAUGUGUGGCAAAUCUUUUACCUGGUCCUCCAUUUUCCAAGUUCAUCAAAGAACCCAUAUUGGACAACAACCUUGUAAGUGUAAUAACUGUGGAAAAUCAUUUUCACAGUCCUCAAAACGUCAAGUUCACUACAGAAUACACACAGGAGAGAAACCUUACAAAUGUAACAAAUGUGGGAAAUCUUUUACACAGAACUCAGAGCUUAAAGUUCACUACAGAAUCCAUACAGGAGAAAAGCCUUACAAAUGCAAUGAAUGUGGCAAAUGUUUUACACAGAACAAAGUGCUUAAAAAUCACUACAGAAUUCAUACAGGAGAGAAACCUUACAAAUGUAAUGAAUGUGGCAAAUCUUUUACACAAUCCUCANUGCUUAAAAAUCACUACAGAAUUCAUACAGGAGAGAAACCUUACAAAUGUAAUGAAUGUGGCAAAUCUUUUACACAAUCCUCAAAAUUGCAAGUUCACUACAGAAUCCACAGAGGAGAGAAACCUUACAAAUGUAAUGAAUGUGGGAAAUGUUUUAUCCAGAAAUCAAAAUUUCAAGUUCACUACAGAAUCCAUAGAGGAGAGAAACCAUAUAAAUGUAAUGAAUGUGGGAAAUUUUUUGGACAGAACUUAGAGCUUAAGGUUCACUACAGAAUCCAUACAGGAGAGAAGCCUUACAAAUAAUGUAAUGAAUGUGGCAAUUCUUUUACAAGGAACACAGACUUUAAAGUUCACUACAGAAUCCAUACAGGAGAAAAACCAUACAAAUGUAAUGAGUAUGAGAAAUCUUUUACACAAUCCUCAAAUCUUCAAGUUCACUACAGAAUCUAUACAGGAGAGAAGCCUUACAAAUGUGAUGAAUGUGGCAAAUCUUUUACACAGAACAAAGUGCUAAAAGUUCACUACAGAAUUCAUACAGGAGAGAAGCCUUACCAAUGUAAUGAAUAUGGGAAAUCUUUUACACAAUCCUCCAAACUUCAAGUUCCCUACAGAAUCCAUACAGGACAGAAGUCUUACUAA